UCGUCACUUUCAUUUCAUAUAUCCAUCCGGCCAUUAUUCUCUCUCCAAAACAAACACCCGAUUAAUCAGCUGAUGUGGCGGAGCUGAGACAGACGAGGAAAAAAGCAAGGGGUUGAAGAACCGGAGCGGCCGCCGGCCUCGUAUCCUGCUGUGAUCUUCGCGGAAGGGAAGGAAAAUUAAGGAGAUAGAUAUAGAUGGCCGCCUCGUCAGCAUCAUCGGUGCCGGUCGUCUCCACGGGAUCCGUGAUCACUGUGGCGGCCUCGCCGCCGCCGCCGCCGCCCACUGGUGGUGGUGGUGGUGGUGGCGGCUCGAUCUCUGCUGGUAGCACAGGCGUCGUCGUCGGCGGCGGCGCAGGCACAGGGUCGCCGUGCGCGGCGUGCAAGUUCCUGCGGCGCAAGUGCCAGCCGGACUGCGUGUUCGCGCCCUACUUCCCGCCGGACAACCCGCAGAAGUUCGUGCACGUGCACCGCGUCUUCGGCGCCAGCAACGUGACCAAGAUCCUCAACGAGCUCCACCCCUACCAGCGCGAGGACGCCGUCAAUUCGCUCGCCUACGAGGCCGACAUGCGCCUCCGCGACCCCGUCUACGGCUGCGUCGGCGUCAUCUCCAUCCUCCAGCACCGCCUCCGCCUCGUCCAGCAGGAGCUCGCCCGCGCCACCUACGAGCUCUCCAAGUACCAGGCGGCGGCGGCGGCGGCUGAAGCCGCAUCUGUGGGCGUGGGAUCCCAUGGUGAUGCGGCAGCAGGGAUGGCGGCAGUGGAUUUCAUAGGCAACGCGGUGGCCAACGACUGCACGCAAAACUUUAUCAAUGUCGGGCACUCCACGGCGGCGGCGGCGUCGAUCAGUGGAGCUGGCGGCGGGUUCAUGCAGCAGCAAGACAGCUUCGGCGCCUCCGUGCAGAUGCUGGCCAGGAGCUACGAAGGUGGAGCUGCUGCGAGGGUGGGCAUGAACGGAGGAGGUGGAUCAGGCUAUGGCGGCUUCGCGUACUCGUCGGCCAUGGGCGUGGUGGGGCAUGGUGGCAUAGUGUCUGCUGGUCUUGGCGGGCAGCAGAUCAACGGUGGACAACAGUUCUUGAAGCCCAGCACGACCGCCGGGGAUGACCAGCCCACUGCCACGCAGUAGUCAAGUGUCGUCUCAUCUUUGUCAGGUCAUGACUACUAAGGCAAAAGAUGUCAACAUGCUAAAUUAACCGCUUGAUGAGGACGUGAAGACUAGAUUAAGUGCAAGAUAUAUACUAGCAUCCUUUAUAAUAUAGAUAGUAAUUAAAAAGAAACGAGUCCUUUAUUUUGUACUUGUUGGUUUAAAUUAAUUGUUGAUGCAGUUCACAAAGUCGACUUGAAUAUUGCUCCAUGUUUGUGUUUGAGUUAUGUUUGUUGCUUUGUCUCUAGAUGUAUGGAGCUUUGACUUUAAGCUAGUGAAAAUAAUAUAAAGCUAAGUUGUUCUAUGGAGUUUGACGUUGGUAA